AUGUCGACGCUUCUACAACCAUCUGCCGUGUUACUCGCUAUGUGGUAUAUCGCUCGAUUACCAGUAUACUUUAGUGGGGUCACUUUAGGGUUGGAGGUAAAAGAACGGAGAUUUAGAGCCGAACUGCUUGAUACAAGCAGCGGAAUUGACGGGAAAACGUUGGAGGCCAAUGCCACGUUCCGACUCAUCGUCCUUGGAUUCAUGCUGGCGAAUAAGUGGCUUGACGACCAUACCUUCUCCAACAAAACAUGGCACACUAUCUGCAAACUUCCUGUCCACUCGCUAAACAAGCUCGAGUCGCUUGCUCUGGAUAUCCUUUCCCAUGACUUGACAAUAUCGCCUGCUGCUUGGCGCCAGUGGCUGGGGCAUAUGUUCUCGUAUCAUGUCUCGCUCUCGCCUCCUCCAUAUGCCCAACCGAUUUCCCGCCCCUCUUCAAAUCCUCAGUCAAUCGUUCGGAAAGUCAUUGAGGAGAUCAUGGAAGCGCCUCUCACGCAUCCCAGCUCGGAACCCGUCUUCCUCAGCUUCGAGCAGAGGAACAAGACAAAGUUCAAUGAGACAGAAACGUGCGCCGAACCUUCCCACGAAGCCUACGACAUUGAUCUCGAUGAGGAUGGACCGCUUCGGGAAGAGUAUUUGCCAAGGCGCCGCGUGAGCAAUGGCAGUGAUACAAGCCGACGCAGUACAGAACUGACUUCAAGAGUUGAGGUCGAGCGGAGAGAGCUUCGGGAGUCUGCGACCAGGAACGCACUUCCUCCUCCGUCCAAAUGGAGCCCGGCAGCUGAUGAGCCCAUCCACCGUGCUAGUGAGCGUCCUGCGUUAUACAUGCCAGUUCAGCCACCAGCGGUAUGUUGGGCGCCUGCAGUUGCUUAUGUGCCUGUCAAACUCCCCCCGGAUUAUUCUAGUGUUCCGUAUUCCAAACCAGCGGCUCCUUCGAAUGAUUACUAUUAUUCACAGUCUGUACCGCCCUCACAACCACGUUGUGACGCUGAUGCAUUUUCCCCGCCUAAUUCUGCCUACUCAUAUCCUAUCGGCUUUGACUAUCAGUGUGGUCACGUUCGUAUGUCAUUCGAUGGAACAGGUUACCCCUCUCAACCGAUGGCAAAUUCUAAUUGGCCGUCUGCUGAGGCAUAUGGAUUCCCCGCACCUAGAGUCCUCUUUGGCCCCCAUCCACCUAUCAAUUACCAGUCGUCCUGGGUUCGUGCUUGA